AUGUUACAGAGGGCCCUGCUAUUUAGAACCAUACGACGAGUUCAUCCCAAUACGCUGCUAACAAUCUCCGAAUUUUCAGAUCGGAAUGUCCACACAAAGGUUAAAAGAACCAAAGGGUUCAAGUUUCAAGACAUUCGUUCACCUGCCAGAAUUCAGAGUGGAUAUGAUCUCAUAGAAGAGAAUUUACACGAGUCAUCUCGCGAAGCUCCUCAGUAUGCCUCUUUGAACGCAUUGCCGACUCUCUUGUACCGUAAACGGUUUGAGAAACUGGCGAAAGUCCAUGAAUUCGAAUACGGCCCAGAACUGCCUCUCUUCACUGCUGAGCAAGUGUAUCUUCGAUUUUUCAAAGGAGAACGCGAAGUUCUUCCACCUAUUGAUCUAAACAAGACGAAUUUCUUGGAUAUUGUCCAGCAGCGGUAUCUCGAUUUCAAUGAUCAUGUCGACUUUGUACGGGUGUCUCAUUCUGUGGAAGUUCUUGGAAGAUCUAUCAUGAGAGAAGCCAUCUACAGGCAAGCAAUGUACCAAUACUUCAGACCGAAGACUUUUUAUGUGACAACCAUAAAGAGCUUGUCUAGUAAAUACCCUAUAAAUUCACAUAGCUUAUACUUCGACACGAAUACCAACUCGUCCGAAGUAGCUGCGAUGCGCAAGUUUUUCAGCUUCACCAAGUAUAGGGCUCUAUCACUCCUCCAUGUCUAUGUGGGAAUGAAAUACUUAGAAAAUCCUUCUGAGAUUGACCAAUUUACUUCGCGCCUUAUAGCAAGUGUGGUCAGGAAGCAACGAAGACUCGGCGGGAAGCCUUCCAAAGAUGUCUACGAUGUUAGUCAGUUUGUGAAUUCGUUCAGAGACGAUUUUCUCACCAACGCCAAAUCUGCCACUACAAAUUACAGAACUGUAAAUCUGGCUGUGGUCUUUCGAAAUACCUUUAGACCACGCUUGUUCCCAGACUCGGGGAGGUUGCCUCCCAUUCCGACAUUCACCAAUCCUCUGCUCAGCAACCUUCUUCUCAAUAUCGCUCUUAUAAAUCCUCAUUCACAGGUUCUCAUGCUAGGGGACAAUAAAAAUGUCAUAUCUUCUGUAGCAAAGAAGUUAGAUAGACUUGGAGACCUCGUAAUGCGAAGGCUAAUCAUGGAAUAUCUCUUUUCCAACAAUAACAAGCGCAGCGGACUCCUCAUGGAUUUCCAUUUCCUCAACUCCAAUGUCGUGUACGGAAGACUCACAGAAGUCCUUUGUCUACAUAAGGGAUUACAAAACAAGGAGCACCAAGAGGAACUAUUGCAUGAUGUGCGGAGCAACAUCAACUUUAAGAAAUUCUAUGAGAGAUUUGGCGAUUUCUUUGAAAGAUUAAUUGCUGUUCUAUAUAUGGAUGAUAGACAUAAGGUACGUGAAUGGGUGUUUGCUGUCAUGGAUGUGGUUACCAGUACCAUUACCAAAGAAUCAGAGAAUGGAGCUAUCAUAUUGGAGAAGGAGAGAUUUGUCGACUUGGUGGAGAAAUACGGAUUCCACGACGAGCGUGCACCAAACUUCACCUUCAAGGCAUAA